AUGACUAACAAUCAAAAGAGAAUUCAAUGCAGAAAAUGUGAAGGUUUUGGACAUAUUCAAUCUGAAUGUGCAAAUACACUGAAAAUGAAUAAGAAAAGUUCCAAUGUCACAUGGAGUGACGAUGAAACUGAUAGUAAUGAAGAUAUUUCUAAAAAUAUUGCACUAACCUCAGUUUCUUCUAAGUUUUUUUGUGAUUCACAAGUGAAAGAAAGAUUGGUAUAUUUGAAUAAUACCAUUGAAAAAGAAAAUUCUAAUUCUGAUGAAUCUGAAAUAUGUGAGGAGUCACUGACUAAGUCUUACAAGGUUAUGUAUGAAAAGUGGAUACAUGUUACUUCUGAAAAUAAAUUAUUGUCAAAAAUAAAUAAACAAUUGUCUCAUCAAACUGAAUCUCUUGAAUUGAAAAUUAAAGAAUAUGAGACUGAUUUGUGUGUAAAAGAUGAGAAAAUUAUUGUCAAAGAGGCUUUGCUGGUCUUGGAUCAAUUGAAGCAACGUCUCCAUGGUUGUUCUAGACAUAUCAUAGGUGACAAUGAUUUUUUAGUGAAUAUUAGACCAAUGCAAUGUGGUGAGGUCACAUUUGGUAAUGGUGUAACAGGAAAUGUCAUUAGUAUGGGAACUCUCAAUUUUGAAGGGUUACCAAGGUUGAAAAAUGUUAAUCUUAUUGAGGGACUAAAAGUUAAUUUACUUAGCAUUAGUUAG